AUGGAAACCUAUAACAGAUUAGCUCAUGGGAAACCUAAAGUUGAUGUGCGAAGGUUUAUGGAUCCUAAGAAACUGCAAAUGUUAGCUAGUUACUAUCCUGAGUUUAAUGUAGUGUCUGAAGAAGCGGAACUGGCACCACAUCCCGAAGCAGCUGCUUCUAGGAUGUUGGAGUCAAAAAUUAUGUUGAGAAAAUUUCCGAAAAGUCAGGUACUAAUUUAUGAUGCCGGUGGUAAUUGGUAUUCGCACGUACACAAGUCUGAUGAUGACGAGAGGUUUGUUCACUGUUGUUGCCCUAUUCUAGAUGUAAGAGACUGUGCUAGGAAAACUAAGCGGGAAUUGAAUCUGGAGGUCUACACUAGAAAUGGUAACCGAAAGUCACCAGUGCAGCGUGAUACGUACGAUGACCUAAAGGGUACCUAUUGUGGUGAAAAACUUCGAUUUUGCGAAAACAAAUUCGAGGAUUGUGACUGGGAGGUACCUGCUGAUAUGUAUGAUUAUGAUAGGUGGAUGCACAAGUGGGGGGAACAUUGUGGUUAUGUGACUGGUAUGGAAGUCGUUGAUGUGGUGUCUUUGCCCAACUAUAUCGAGUUCGAUGACUACUUUCGAAGUUGUUCUAGCUUUGACAUGUCUGAACCUCUAGCAUUUGAGGAUUACGAUCUUACUACUGAGGUGAAGGAGUAUAAUGCGUUUGAGCAAGCUGCUUUAGAACUGACGAAGAAGACUGUAAACAUCAUGACGAAAGGUGAAGGUAGUAUCACAGCUAAAAACUAUGGAGUUAGUUGUUGUGACGCGGAAAGUUCUAGGGAAGUUUCUCAUAAAAAUACGGAACUGUAUCCUAACAGGACUACGAUCGACUUAAAACUUGUUUCUGCUGAAAACCUAGCACUUUUCGACAAGGUGUGUGAUACUUUUUUGGUUGACUUAUGUACAUCCGUGGCUAGUGGUCUCCAAUUUGACAAGCUUGAGGAAGAGAUUGAAUUAACACCUGAUGGAGUGUGCCACUUGGGUUUUGGUUUUUCAUUCGUGCUUGACUUUGUUGAGCGGAAAAAAGUUUGGGCUAAGAUCAAGUGCAUAUAUGGGAUCAAGAUGUAG